AAGUCUUUCUUUUACUUUCGUUUCUUCCGGUCUGGAGUCUUCAGGAGUCAUUGGCCCGGCGGCGAUUUUGAUUCCCAACUCCUAACACCUUGACGGCGAUUUCGAGGACACGCCACGCCACGCGAGUCGACGCUUUUGUCGCACCGAGUACUCGAUACCUUCCCACACCACAACACAGAUCGUAAUCCACUAAUCCACACUUCACGAUGUCGGCAUCGAGGUUUGGCGGUGGUGGUGCCAAGCAUCGGCUGAUGUCGGAGAUGCAAGAGCUCUCCAAGGAGAAAUGGGUGAACAUCGAUCUGGUGAACGACAAUAUUCUUCGCUGGCGUCUGGGUCUUAUCGUCGUCAACCCCGACAGCGCAUUCAACGGCGGUUACUUUAGGGCCGAAAUGACUUUCACCGACGAGUACCCCUACCAACCACCGACAUUCAGGUUUCUAGUUCCUAUCUAUCACCCUAACGUCUAUCCCGACGGUAAACUCUGCAUCUCCAUCCUGCAUACGCCGGGUGAGGAUCUCACUUCGGGGGAGCAAGCUAGCGAGCGUUGGUCCCCAUUGCAGGGCGUCGAGUCGGUACUCCGGUCCGUACUUCUGCUCCUCGAUGACCCGGAGAUCAAUUCCCCCGCGAACGUAGAUGCUAGUGUCAUGUAUCGAGAUGACCGCAUUAAGUAUAACAAGAAAGCUCAAGAUAUUGUCGAGAGGUCUAAGAACGAUAUCCCCGAUGGCUUCGUCAUGCCAACCAACCUUGACCCUCCGCCGCCGCCGAAAUCAGCAGACGACGAUCCCGCCUUUUGGGCCGAGAGUGACGAUGAGGAGCUUGACUUUGGUGGUAGUGAUACCGGUGAGGACGCAGAAUUAGCCGAAUUCGACGAAGACGGAGAGGAGGAGGGCAUUAGCGACGACGACGACAAUUAAUAAGACAUUAUCUUACGUAUAUUUUUCAACCUCGCCACUCGACUAAGGAGGCGCGUCGGUAAACCAUUUUCUAACUCCGUAUACAUCUGCAUUGGCGGGGGUAUGGCGUUUAGUGGAUCUCAUAUAUCGUUGGCCUGUUUUGGUUUUUCUUGGCCCGUCUUGUCACCGCAUUGGAUUGCGUUCGGCCAGCUUUCGCAUUUUUUUGAGAUAGAGGUUCUCCAAAGGAACAUAACCACUGGAGGCGCAUUCUACUACCAUCGAGUUGUGGCAGAGCGAGUGACCUGUGACAUCGUAGAUGAAAGAGGGAACAUCGUUCGACUUUUAAGCCCAAACG